GUGCCCACGGGUCACUGGACCCAUCCCGUCCCCCUCCGCAACUCCCAUUGCAUCCACAGGAACGGCGAUCUUCACUAUGACUUACUGUAUGAUUUUCUACGUUUCUCAUUUUGAGUGUAAAUUCUUCCAUCAUUCCCAAGCGCCAUUAAAACCGGUUUACAAAGAGCUUGAGAACUUGCACAAAAUUUCAGGCCACCCUCGAGAUGAUAGUCGACGAAGACCUCAGAUCAAUGACAUCACAAAACCCGGCCAGUCGCUGGCCGGCCUCAUACAAAGCCGCCGUGGCCUUUACAAUGGACAACCUCGGCGAAGCCCAAGACGUGCACAAGGGCACGUGGACCGCGCCGAUAGGAUCCCACCCGGCCGUCACCACGCAGCUACCGCAGAUGCUGGCCCUUCUGCGGGACACAUGCAUGCAGCGCAAGAUCCGCGCGACAUACUUCGUCGAGGCCUGGAGCUUGGGCGUGUACCCCGGCGCGGUGGAAGCGCUGGAACGGGACGGACACGAAGUGGCCUGGCACGGGUACCAGCACGAGGUGUGGGGAGGCCUGUCGGCCGAAGAGGAGAGGGACAGCUUUGCAAAGAGCUGGCGGGCCGCCGCCGAGGCCGGCAUUGUGUAUUCCGGGUUCAGGCCGCCCGGCGGCAAAAUUAACGACAGGACCUGGGGGUUGCUCAAAGAGCGCGGGGUCAGCUACGUCUCGCCAUUGGGGCAGUUUGGCAUUGGACAGGAGGGCGUGGUAGUCUUGCCUUUUGAGUGGAGGGCGGUGGACGCAUUUUGGUAUAUGGAAAAGUUCAGCGCCAUCAGGAAAGAACAUGGCGAACAGGAGGAUGUACUAAGCCCUGCCGAGUUCAAAGAGUGGUUGAUGAGGAGGAUCGACCAAGCCAAGGAGACUGGGGGAUUCUUGUCGAUCUUGUUCCAUCCGUUUCUGCAGACAAGCGAGGAGAAAUUCAGCGUACUGGAAGAUGUGGUGAAAAGGAUCGGUAUGGACGAAGAGCUCUGGAUUGCGCCUUGCAAGGAGAUCGCGGAGUGGGUAAGCAACCAUCAGGAGUCGUUUGUGUCAUGGUCAACAGAGUCUGAGUGAAUACAUGUAGAUGCCGAGCAAGCAGCUAGAGAGUGUCAUUGGUGAUAGAUGAAGAUAAACCGUUCGCAACGCC